AUGGCGUCGCCGAAAGUACACGGCCAGAGUACCGUACCCGUACUACUGCACUGCACUGCACUGGGCAGAGGGGGGCGGCUGAUGGUCGGGGAGCUAGGGCCUACGAUAGCCAAGGGCGGCCUGCGUCAAUUGGCCGAACCACGGGCUGCCUGUCGUGGGGGGAACAAGAAGAAGAAGUUGCUUCAUGUCGGUAUCGUUAGUGCCAUCGGUUGGUGGGAUGAGCUGAAUGUGUCAAGGUAUGGUGGUGUUUAA